AUGGAGAGCUCAGAUGUGGAGCUGGACUUCCAGAGGAGCAUACAGGCUGUGCUUCGAGAGCUCAACACCCCAGCCCCAGCCCUCCAGAGUAAUCGGGGUAUGUGGAGAUGGUCUCUGCACAAGAAGGUAGAGCGAGAUCCAGGAAAGAGCUCCGUGCUGGUCCGAAUUCUCCUCAGAGAGCUGGAGAAGGCAGAGAGCGAGGAUGUGCGGCAUGUCAUCAUUCCCUUGUUGCUCACUCUAAUGUACGUGCUCACUAAGGCCACGGGCAUCACGGAAGAUCUCUACCAUAGAGCUUACACCUUCUGCACCAGGCUGCUGACCCUGCCUGCCCCCUACUCUACGGUCGCCUUGGACUGUGCCAUACGGCUGAAAACAGAGGCAGCCGUCCCAGGUACCCUGUUCCAAAGGACUGUCAUUGCGGAGCAGAACCUGAUGAGUGAACUGUACCCUUACCAGGAGAGAGUGUUCCUGUUUGUGGACCCUGAACUGGUCUCCGCCUCCGUGUGCAGCGCCCUGCUGCUGGAGAUUGAGGCGGCCCAGGAGCAGCAGACACCUGAGGCCUGCAUGCGCCAUGUGGUCGCCCAUGCCCUGCAGGCAGCCCUGGGGGAUGCCUGCCACACAGGUGCUCUGAACAGGAAGCUGCAGGCCAGCUCCCGUCGCAUCCUGGAACACUAUUUCCACGCCGUAGUGGCUGCCAUAGAGCAGGUGGCUAGCGAGGACAGUCCCAGCCGGCUGGGACACCUGGAGAGACUCGAGGAGAUUUACUGCUCGCUGCUAGGGCCGGUGGCCACAAGAAAGCACUGCGUGGGUGACCUUCUCCAAGACCGACUGCCAAGCAUCCCUCUGCCCAGCCCCUACAUCACCUUCCAUCUGUGGACCGACCAGGAGCAGCUCUGGAAGGAACUGGUGCUCUUCCUUCGCCCACGCUCCCAGAUGCACCUCAGUGCUGACUUGGAGGCCUUGGAUCUACAAGGAUUUAGGCCAGACUGGGACUUGGCCCGGGUGUCCACUGACAGUGGUAUUGAGCGGGACCUUCCUUUGGGGAGUGAUGAGCUCCCGGAUACCAGCAGCGAGAUGGAUCGGGCCGCACUGCAGCGCAGGGGAGGCAUCAAGAAGCGUGUGUGGCCCCCCGACUUCUCCAUGCCUGGCAGCUGGGAUGGGCCCCCGGGGUUGCACCGGAGGACUGGCAGGCCCAGUGGGGACGGGGAACUGCUGCCCGGAGUCUCAAGGGUGCAUACGGCCCGAGUGCUCGUGCUGGGAGACGAUAGGAUGCUGGGACGCUUGGCCCAGGCUUACUAUAGACUCAGGAAACGGGAAAGCAAGAAGUUCUGCCUCACUCCUAGGCUCAGUCUGCAGCUCUACUACAUCCCUGUGCUGGCGCCUCAGGUGACUGGCCAGGAUCCAGAAGCAUCCAGAAAGCCUGAACUGGGAGAGCUGGCUUCCUUCCUGGGUCGAGCAGACCCGUGGUAUGAAAGCACUGUCAACACCCUGUGUCCUGCCAUCCUCAAGCUGGCCGAGAUGCCUCCCUGCUUAGACACAUCCCGGACCGUGGACCCCUUUAUCCUGGAUGUCAUCACUUACUAUGUUCGCAUGGGCACCCAACCCAUCUUUUUCCACCUCUACAAGGUUAAGAUCUUCACCAACCUGAGUCAAGACCCUACAGAGGACAUUUUCCUCACUGAGCUGAAGGUGAAGAUCCAAGACUCCAAGUCCCCCAAAGAGGGCUCUUCACCCCGAAGGAAAGGGGCGCCUGAGGGCACAGGAGCUGAGCUGUCCGUGUGCUACCAGAAGGCCCUGCUCAGUCAUAGGCCCCGAGAUGUCACUGUUUCUCUGAGGGCCACCGGGCUGGUCCUGAAGGCCAUUCCAGCUGGUGACACUGAGGUUUCAGGGCUCUCCCACUGCACCUCACAGAAUGCUGCUUCUGCUCCGGACUGCACGUGUCUGCACGUCAGCGUCACGGAGGUCGUCAAGUCCUCCAAUCUGCCAGGGAGGUCGUUCACGAUGGCCACAAACACCUUCCGGACAUCCAGUAUCCAGGUCCAGAGCCAAGACCAGAGGCUGCUGACACUCUGUCUGGACAAGGACAGCCGGCGCACUUUCCGGGAUGUGGUCAGGUUUGAGGCUGGCCCCUGCCCAGAGCCAUGUUCACGGGCCCAGAAAUCCAAGAUGGUGGGCCUCAAUUCCCAUGGUCAGGAGACAGGAAAGAAUAUGGCCAAGCUCAGUCCCCUUCUGAUGCCCAUCAACACAUUCUCUGGCAUCACCCAGUGAGCCUGCCAGGAUAGUGGAAGAUCUGGAUCCAGGGGCAGCAGACCCAAGAAGAAAGAAACACUACCUACCCACCCAUAACACUCAUACUGACAGCCUCACCGGGCAGUUCUACUUGGACCAGGAGCCAGAGAGUACCUGGGAGUUGAGAGAGCCUGGAUUGUGAUGAAGAAGGGGGCGUGUGAUGAAGAAGGACCUAUCCCAAGGCUGUUGGAUUUCUGGACAAGGCUGGGAUAGAAUGAACACAUGCACACACAACCCAGUUUCUUCCAGAAACUUCAUUCCCACUUUCCAAGCUGGCUUCAUCACCAAUUCAAGCUCCCUAGGGAAUCCGGAAAACCUGUGCCAAAAGGCUGCAGGUACAGCUGGGUGGUUCAACGGUAGAGCACUUGCCUAGUAUAUGGGAGGCCUUGGGUUUGACCCCAGAACCAUAAAAAGGGGGUCGGAGCUGA